CAUUUUCGAUAGUAUCUCCCAUGUUGAUAGACAGCCUGGCGAUAGAAGACGAAGGUUGUUGUGCAAAGAGACUCGGUCGCUAGACAAAGGAAAAGCAUGGCCUAUCGUGGCGGUCACUACAAGAAGGGCUAUGGGUACCCUCCGAAUUCGAAGGGCGAUUACGGUGGUCCUCAGCAGCGGUACGAUCACGGCGGUCGUUUGAGCAACGGUUACUCAACCGACUACCCGAACGAGUACUCCAGCGACUACGCAAACGGGUACGGUGCUGGCUACUACGACUACUACGACGACGGCUACAGUAUACAGCCGCCACCGCAGCAGCCGCCGCCGCCGCCACUGCAGAGGGACCCGCCAUCGAGCUUAUACGAGUCGCAAAGCUCGAGCUAUUACAAUAGCUACUCCGGAUACCACAGCCACCGGCUUCCCCGUCAUCACUCCUCGGGUGAUGAUCACACAGCUACUAACUACCCACCUUCUUCUUCCUCUGCACCAUCCCCCUCUCCGAAGAUCGUAUCUGCCUCGGGGACCAGAAGGGCCCAUUCGAGGCAAGGAAUUCAUGCGCCAAUCGUGAAAACCUACGCAUUAGGAGAUCCCAAGCAAGGCAAUUUCAUAUCACAGCUUGCACCUUUGGAUGAGGGCCAAAUUUUAGAGGCGAAAUCUUUCAAAACAAUACAUCUAAAGACCGAAAACAGGAAGAAGAACGCAAUCGAGCAUGUUCAAGGACUGUCCAAAACCGUGGUAGACCCCAGAUUGAACAACUCUGCUAGCUAUUUGAAGUCUCUCUCGAAAUCAUUCUCCAAACCAGUAGAGAAGAUAUAUUUACCCACAUUCAAAUUUGACUCCCACUCAUUGGGGGAGAAGCCUUCAAACGAGAUCCUCAUUUGGAACCUUCAUUCAACUACUACUUCCUUGAUAAUCAAAAAUAAUUUUUCACAAUACGGACCCGUUAGUGAGGUCAAAGUAAUUGACGAUCCAUCCACCGCCGUCCCACUUGGAAUGUGCUUGUUAAGCUUUGAUGGCAAAGUUGAACAAGCACACAGUACAGCUCUGAAGACAGUUGAGAUGGCCAACAAAAGAUUGGUUAUACAAGGUCGGUAUAUAAGAUGUGGCUUAAAUGUGAAAAAUCAACUUUAUGACGAAAUCUAUAAUAAGACUAUGGAUGUCAGAAAGGAGAAGCUUAGAAAGCAAAAAGUUGAAGAAGCCAAGAAGGAGGAGAAGCUCAAAAUCGAGAGGUUGAGGGAAGAAAAGCUAGCCAAAGAAGAACAAAUCAGACUUGCAAAAGAGGCAAGGAUGAAUCGAGAGAAAUACAAUAAGUUGCUUCCUUCAGGUCCAAGCUCAAAAGGACUAACAAGUAGCUCGAAAGUUUCUGUUCAUGAUAGACACAUUUUCCCUGCGUCAUCAUUCAGUUUAAGCUACAAAUUUCAGAAAUACAUCUCUAAUCGUCCUUACAUUUUCAUAUCAGAUAAGUAUGUUUCCUCAAUGCAUGUGAGUUCUGAUCAGUUGCGGCGGUUUUUAAGCAGAUACAACAUAAGUCGGAUCCUCCAACAAAGAAAUGGAUUUUAUUUGGUCUUCAAUAAGCUAUCGGAAGCCAUGCAAUGUUUUGAUACCGAAGAUGGAAAAAAGCUCAUGAAUUAUACUGUAUAUAUGACGCUAUAUGUUCCGGAUGACCAAAUAGAUGAAACUAGGGUAGGCAAGGCAGGAAAUGUAAAAUUAGCACAAAAACAAGUAGUGAAAGAAUUGAAUGCUUAUUUACUGAAAGAUAUCCGUGAAAAGGUGAUUGGAAAAAUGAUUUUGGAUGUGUUGGACACAGACGAAAUAGCGAAGUUGGCCCAAGAAUCAAAGAAGAAGAAGGAUGAAGAAAGAAAGUUGAUGAAGCAACAGGAAAAAGAAAGGUCGAUCGCCAAAGAUGAAAAUACGAUAAGGGUAAUUAAGAGGUUAGAUUUGAAUGUUGUCAGAAAAAGUGUCAAAAGAGCAUUUAUUCCUAUGAGUCAUUCUUUAAACAAAGGGCAUGAUAUAAGUGACGACGAUGAAGAAGAAGAUGAUGAAGAUGAGGAUGAGGAUGAGGAUGCUAGCGAAACUGAUGGGACUCCAAUCGAUGACACACUUAAUGCUAAAGAUGGGUCGAAGUCGAUAAAGAAGCGUAAGCCUGAAACUCAUAUAUCUAAACUCGACAAGAAGAAGAUUAAGUUUCAAGAGAAUAUUGAAAGCGAAGAAGAAGAUGACGAAGUUGACUUUGAUGACAACGAUGAAAUCAAGGUCGAAGCUGAACAGACAGAUAUCACACCCCCAUCAGAAACUGAGACCAUUGGAAAAACAAUUGAUAAUGUCUUCCAACCUUCUACGGCCCUUCCUGGUCCUGUCUUUGAUGAUCAUUUGGAGCCUUUUUCCCCAACUCUGCAGUUUUUGAAGAACUCCAUAAAGACGGAUGAGGAUUUCCAGAUCCUGUCCAAUCUUUGUAAAGGCUUGAACUUUGAAAAACCUAUUAAGAGCGUUGCUUUCUUUGCAUGGGAACAUAUGGAAGCAAUGAAGGAAUCUAAAGAGCUAAGGGAGGAAAAGGAAGAUGAGGGAGAUGACGCCGAAGUUUUUGACUUUGCAGAAGAGGUCUUGAACAACAAGGAAUUAAGAAACUCUUCUGGCUGCUUUAGAACCGAAGGGUACCACAAGAUUCCUGAUAAAUACAAAAGAGAAUACCUGCUCCAUAGAAGAAACUUGACAAACUUGAAUCCUGUUAAACAUGAAGACGAUGAUGAAGCAAACACUUUGAACUACAACAACGCUCAGAGCUCUAGAGUGAACCGUGCCAACACAAGAAGAUUUGUUGCUGACAUCUCAGCACAGAAGCAGAUCAUUGGAGAAACAGAUCUACUAGACUUGAACCAGUUGAAUAAGCGUAAAAAGCCUGUUCAGUUUGCAAGGAGUGCAAUUCACAACUGGGGUUUGUAUGCGUUGGAGCCUAUCACUGCUGGAGAAAUGAUCAUUGAGUACGUUGGGGAGAGAAUCAGACAGCAGGUUGCCGAACUCCGUGAGAAAAAAUAUUUGAGAUCAGGAAUCGGUUCCUCUUACUUGUUCCGGAUAGAUGAAAAUACUGUCAUUGAUGCCUCCAAGCGGGGAGGAAUUGCACGUUUCAUUAACCAUUGUUGUGAACCGUCUUGUACGGCGAAGAUCAUCAAAGUAGGCGGCAAGAAGCGUAUUGUCAUAUACGCCUUGAGGGACGUCAAGCGAAACGAAGAGCUUACUUACGACUACAAGUUCGAGAGAGAAAUCAAUGACGAGGAACGUAUUCCAUGUCUUUGUGGUGCUCCUGGGUGCAAGGGAUAUUUGAAUUGAUGUUUCGAUGCCGUGUUGGUAUAGCGGACCAAUAUUUAUAGAUAAAGAUGUAAUAAUUUACCAAAAAAACGCCGAUCGAUCCCUUCAAGGCGCUCACUAACAAUUUUGCUCACUUUUCAGCAACUUCUUCGCCGAGAGCGAUCUGC